GACGGGGCCUCCCCGGCCCCGGCGCCGCCGCGCACCGCGGCGGGCCCCCCGCCGAGGCCGCGGAGGAGCUGCCCGCCCUGGCGGGUCGGCUGCGGGCAGAGCUGGUGGCGUGCAUCGCCGAGGGCACGCUGAGCCAGAGCGUCGCGCCGGACUGGGGGCAGAAGGGCUCGCCCUUCCAGCUGCUGGAGUGGGUGGGCGACUCGGUGCUGCACAUGUUCCUGACGCAGCAGAUCAUGCUCCUGUUCGGCGCCGCGGGGGCGGACGAGGGCCAGAUGAGCAGCGUGCGGUCCAUCUGUGGGAGCACGCGCACCCUGGCCAGGGUCUUCCGCAGCCUCGACCUGGCCAGGCUGCUGCGGCACCCCGGGGGGCCCUCGGCGGCACCGAACUACCUGACCGACGAGAAGAAGGGCGCGGACGUGGUGGAGGCCAUCCUGGGGGAGCUCUUCGAGGCCGUCAAGGGCGCCGCCGCGCCGGGCGGGCGGGCCCUGCCGCAGGCCAGCGGCGCGCUGCUGGGGCUUCUGGAGCUCGCCUUCCGCACGGGGGUGCAGGAGACCCCGCAGCGCUUCCGCCCGGCGGUCACCGAGACCACGCUGCUCCGCGUGGCCCUGGGGCACCCCGGCGCGAGCCCGCGGCAGGGCGGUGCCGAGGAGCACGCCGCGGACGCCGCCCGUGCCGCAGCAGCCCCUGCCGGUGGCGGCGCUGGGGCCGCGGCAGGCGCCGCGCCGGCAGCAGAGGCCACGGCCGACGGCGCGCAGGCCUCGGGCGCUGCGGCCGACGCCGCCGCCACCGACCGCGGCGGCGCUGCCGCGGCGGCCGCGGACUCCGCGGGCGCCACUGGCGCCGCCUGCGGCGCGGCCGCCAGCGAGGACGGCGGCGCCAGCGCCGCUCAGGCCCCCGCGCCCGGGCCGCGUGGCGCCCCGGUGGACGGUAAAGAUGUCGAGGACAUCUCGGACGAGGAGUUCCUGCCCGCGGCGUGAGGUCGGCGCGGAGGACGAGGAGAAGCAGGCUCGGGAGGGAGCGGCACGUCUCGCUGGAGGCGUCGGCGGUUCGAGAACAGUAUUCUGCGUGCUGCGCUCAUGCAUGACGGAUGUGGUUCCCUCCGGAGGACGA